AGUGCAAGGUCACCUAUCAUUGUCAUGCGAAGGACUCUUUCUUUCUCAAAUUCUUUCUCUGGCAUACGAAGAGAGCCUUUUAGUGAAUUUGAAAAAUGGUUGCAACCCUCCGAGGCUUGAGUGCGAGCUUGUAGUUUUGAAAACCCACUGGAAAAUCACUAAUAUUGAUAAGAAUGAUUGAUUUUACACAGGCUCCAUUGAAGUUCUGGUUGUGUGCUCGAAUUUUGUUCGUUAUUUUUCAGGAAAGGGGGAAAACGUUUCUCAAAAAAAUUGCUCCACGUGAAAAUUAUGCAGUUUUGAAUCCUGGCAAUCAUCUUCGGCAUUUAUGGAAAGCCGUUCUCUUAUCAGAGGCGCUCGCUCUACUUCCCGUAUCAGCGAGGGAAAUUAUUCCAGACAACUCCAAAACUUUCAGUCUUAAAAAUCAAGACCAAAUGAUCGAAUAUAUCAACCAGGUUCAGUCGUCGUGGAAGGCAGGGAAAAACUUUCAUGAUGACACGCCUUCGGACUACCUAAGGCGACUUGCCUCAGCCUGGAUAUCAGAGGAAAAACUUCUUUUGGAUACCCAUGAAGAUGGGUCCGAGGUUACAACCUACACUAGCGCUGAUCCGCCUGCUGAGUUUGACGCAAGGAAGAAGUGGACCAACUGCCCGAGUGUUGCCCACAUCUACGAUCAGGGGAGCUGCGGUAGUUGUUGGGCUGUAGCCGUGGCCUCUGUCGUCACAGAUAAGAUCUGUAUCGCGAGCAAGGGCGCCUGGAAGGACUGGAUUUCGUCGUGGGACAUCGCAUCCUGUUGUGUGGGAGGUGAAAAAUGCGGUGCCGGUUGCGACGGUGGCCGCCCCGAUAAAGCUUUCGAAUACUACGUGAAGAAAGGAAUACCCACGGGCGGAGAGUUUGGCUCUAAUCAGGGGUGCAUGCCGUACGAGAUAAAGGGUUGCUCUCACCACAUGGGCGAUAAGGGAAAAUUUCCGAAUUGUCGUAGUUACAACGAAACAGUGGUGCCAACCUGCGUAAAGGAGUGCCCCAAUAAGAGCUACAAAACUCCGCUAAACAAGGACAGACACUUUGGUAAACGCGUUUAUCACGUGAAGAUUGGCGAUGCCAAAAAGGAGCUAAGCGAAAUCGGUCCAUGUACGAUGAGUUUCCAAAUAUACGAGGACUUCUAUCUCUAUAAAUCAGGGGUAUACAAGCAUGUGACUGGCGCGCAUAUAGGAGGGCACGUUGUAAGAGUGCUCGGUUACGGAACAGAAAAUGGCAUCGGCUACUGGUUGUGUGCCAACUCCUGGAAUCCUGAAUGGGGUGACAAUGGACUUUUCAAAAUUAUUGCUGGUACAAACGACUGUAAUUGUGAACAGUAUUUUUAUACUGCGGAACCAAAGUUGUAGAGGGAAGUUCCUUCAUUUUUUUAUUUCAACACGGAAAAGCUUAUAAACACUGGACAUCUCA